CACAUGUUGUUUGUCAUAGUAACAAGAAAUUUCUAGAAUUGUUUUAGAAAAUUGUACACAUAAUAGAUUUAAGUCAAAUAACUUUAAAUAAUCAAUCACAUUUAUACAAAGUUUUACAUAGUUUUAUAAAUAUUAAAAUAGUGGUUCAGAUUUUGAUAUAAAUAUAAUAAAUUCAAUUAAUUAUUAUUCAAACUAAAACUUGAAAAUAUGACGGGAACUAACGAAAAAAACGAUAUUGAAGUUAUCGAUAUUACACCAAAGAAAGAUGGUGGUGUUUUGAAAAAGAUUUUACAUGAAGGAACCGGUGAUGAAUAUCCCCCAACCGGCUCAAAAGUUACUGUUCAUUAUGUGGGAAAAUUACUUGAUGGAACUGUAUUUGAUUCAAGUCGUGAACGCGGUGAACCUUUCCAAUUUGAUUUGGGAAAAGGAACCGUGAUAAAAGCAUGGGAUAUUGGUGUUGCUUCCAUGAAAAAAGGGGAAGUUGCAUUGUUAACUUGUGCACCGCAGUACGCUUAUGGAGCUUCUGGCAGUCCACCAAAAAUACCUCCUAAUGCCACAUUAGAAUUUGAGGUUGAAGUAUUUAGUUGGAUUGGCGAAGAUUUAAGUCCAGAAAAAGAUUUUAGUAUUGAGAGAUUAGUUCUUACGCCUGGCAAAGGAUACGCUCAUCCAAAUGACGGAGCUCUAGUUGAUGUUCACUUAACUGGAUCAUUAGAUGGUAGAAUUUUUGAAGAUCGUGAUGUGAAAUUUAAUUUGGGAGAAGGGUGUGAAUCAAAAGUAAUUGAAGGAGUUGAAAUUGCACUUGAAAAAUUUACGUUAGGUGAACAAUCAAAAUUAAUUAUUAAACCGAAAUAUGCAUUUAAAAACGUUCAUAACGAUGAAUACAAUAUUCCACCAAAUUCAACCGUAGAAUAUAUAGUCACACUUAAUCAUUUCGAGAAGUCCAAAGAAUGCUGGUCAAUGGAUUCACAAGAACGGUUAGAACAAGCAAAAUUAUUUAAAGAAAAGGGUACACAAUAUUUUAAAGCGGGCAAAUAUUUAUUGGCUAAUAAAAUGUAUAAGAAAAUUCUUACUUUUAUCGAUGCAAUUGAAAAACCAGGACCAGAUUCAUCAAAUGAGGAUGAACCAGCCGAUGACAAUGACAUACCACCAAAUGAAACACGUGACUUAAGACUAUCAGCGCAUUUAAAUUUAGCAUUAUGUUAUUUAAAACUUGCACAAUAUAUUGAAGCACGUGAUGCAUGUAAAUCAGCUCUAGCAUUAGAUGCGAAUAAUGUAAAAGCAUACUUUCGACGUGGUCAAGCAUAUUUAGAGAUUGGUGAAGCUGAAUUAGCAUUAAAAGAUUUUGAAGAAGUACUUAGCCUAGAUCCAACAAAUAAAGCGGCCGUUACACAAGUACACAUCUCAAAAAAGAAAAUAUUGGAACAGAAAUCAAAGGAAAAGAAAAUAUACGCAAAUAUGUUUGAAAAAUUUGCUAAAAGAGAUUCAGAGAAAGAGGAAGAGGAACGGCGACAACAACCGGAUGUGAUGACAACAUUAGGUGAAUGGGGUGAAGAGGAACGUGAACGUGCUCCAACCAAUUUUGAGAAAGAAAAUCCAAAUAUACUUAUGUUAAAUAAUUCUGGAGAGUUUAAAAAUAUGUAAAGAAAAAAAGUUUUUAUAUCAUUUAAUAAUUAUGUGCGUUAUUGAUUUUUGAUAAAA